AUGGGAGUUUUAGGUAAAAGAGUUUAUAGAAAAUACAAACAAAAAUACAUUAACAAGUAUUUUAAAUAUUCCUAUCAAUGUGAUUUUCCAAAUAGAAAACAAAUAUUUCAAAUACAAUCACCUUAUCUAACAUUUAAUGAACAAUAUUCACCAUCAUCUAAAUAUCCACAACUAUUGACACCUGUCACUAAAACAAGUAUUUCAAAUUUAAAGUUAACAUGUAUGAAGAAACCACUCAUUCAAAUACCUACAUUUAAAAGAAUUAUCAAUAGAUCAAUGGAAUUAUCAGCUCCAGAUAUAAUGCCAUUAAAAGAAGAAUAUAAUUAUAAUAUUGUAAAGUUGAAUAUUAGCACAAUAGAUGAUCAACAGUGUGCACAAACAGAAUUUAAUGGAUUUCGUUUAACGAGAGAUAAAUUAACAUCACUAACUUGUAGAAAAUGGCAUUCAAUAAUAACAUUUAAUAAUACAUUUAAAAGUAUGGAUGGAUAUCAUGUUAGAAUUUUCAUGACAUCAUGUACAAGAAUGAAAUUAUUACAAAUUAAAAAGACAUCAUAUGCUAACAAGUCACAAAUUAAAAAGAUUAGAACUAUAAUGUAUCAAGUAAUAUUAAAAUAUUUAAGUAAAAUGACAAUAUUAGAAUUUGUUAAUAGAAUGGCAAUUAAAUGUGAAAUGAGCAGUGAAAUUAGAAUGAAAUGUGAAAAUAUUUAUCCAUUAGAGGAUGAAAUUUUAAUUACAAAGAUUAAAUUAUUAGAAAAACCUCAACUUUAA